AUGGAGGCUAUACUCGACUUCAACCAGGAGUUCGAUGUUGGGCUCCUCGAUAAGAUUGUCAUGGCGUUCUACACCGGGGCGGGAGCUGAGCAACAACAAGCUCAGCAGAUCCUCACUCGGUUCCAAGAGGAUCCGAACUCGUGGACGCGGGUUCCGGAUAUCCUCGAGCGGUCAUCAUUUCCUCAGUCAAAGUACAUCGGCCUACAGAUCCUGGAGAAGCUGAUCCUCACGCGAUGGAAGACCUUGCCCGAUGGGCAGCGACAAGGUAUCCGGAACUUCAUCAUCGGCAUAACGGUCAAAAUCGCCUCGGACGAGACAUCCUUGCGGAAGGAGAAGACUUUCAUCAACAAGAUCAACCUUGCCCUCGUUCAAAUUCUCAAGCAGGAAUGGCCACACAAUUGGCCUACGUUCAUCCCCGAACUGGUCGAAUCUUCCAAAACGAACCUGUCGCUCUGCGAGAACAACAUGGUCAUCCUGAAGCUCCUCUCCGAAGAGAUUUUUGACUACUCUGCGGAGCAGAUGACUCAGGCGAAGGCGAAAAAUCUGAAAAACCAGAUGUCGGGCGAGUUUUCGGACGUAUUCAAGCUGUGCCAGGAGAUUCUCGAAGAGGCGCAGAAGACGAGUUUGAUCAAGGCUACUCUCGAGACGUUGCUUCGCUUCUUGAAUUGGAUUCCUCUCGGUUAUAUUUUCGAGACGACCAUCAUCGAUUUGCUUCUUAGCAGGUUCCUUGAAGCACCGGAGUUCCGAAAUCUUACGCUCAAAUGCCUGGCUGAAAUUGCCGGGCUGAACGUUGGCCCCGAGUACGACCAGAAAUUCGCUGUCCUGUUCGCCCUCGUCAUGACCUCCACGAAUCGCAUGAUUCCUCCCAAUACCAACAUUGCGCAAGCGUAUGCAAAUGCCGGCGACUCCGGGCAAGAGCUCGUCCUCAACCUCGCCCUGUUCCUCGCGAACUUCCUUUCGAACCACCUCCGUGUCGUGGAAACGGAGGACAACCGCGACGUGCUCUUGAACGCUCACCUCUAUAUGGUGAAGAUAUCCCAGGUCGACGAGCGAGAAAUCUUCAAAAUCUGUUUGGAAUACUGGCUCACGCUUGUGAAGGAGCUGUACGAGGAGAUUCAGAGUCUGCCCAUUGGAGACAGUGGACUUCUGAUGGGCCUCAGCUUGGGCACCGGUAGCUCAAGCGUACUCAAUGGCAUGGCCUUACGCAAGAAUAUCUACAGCGAUGUCCUGUCGAACCUCCGUCUGGUCGUCAUUGAGCGGAUGGUCAAGCCCGAAGAGGUCUUGAUCGUGGAAAACGAAGAAGGCGAAAUUGUUCGCGAAUUCAUGAAGGAAAGCGACACGAUCGUGCUGUACAAGAGUAUGCGCGAGCUGCUCGUGUACCUCACUCACUUGGACGUCGUCGACACCGAGACAAUCUUGACCGAGAAGCUUGCCAAGCAAGUUGAUGGUAGCGAGUGGUCUUGGAACAACCUGAACACGCUCUGCUGGGCCAUCGGUUCCAUCUCCGGAGCUAUGAACGAAGAGACUGAGAAGCGGUUCCUGGUAACGGUAAUUAAGGACCUUCUUGGGCUCUGCGAGAUGAAGCGUGGCAAGGACAACAAGGCCGUCGUCGCGUCGAACAUCAUGUAUAUCGUCGGCCAGUACCCCCGCUUCCUCAAGGCGCAUUGGAAGUUCCUCAAGACUGUUGUCAACAAGCUUUUCGAAUUCAUGCACGAGACGCAUGAGGGUGUACAGGACAUGGCUUGCGACACCUUCAUCAAGAUUGCGCAGAAGUGCAGGAGACAUUUCGUCAUGCAGCAAAGCGGAGAGUCCGAGCCCUUCGUAGAUGAGAUCCUCAGAAACCUGCACCGGAUCACGGUAGACCUGUCUGCGCAACAGGUCCAUACUUUUUACGAAGCCGUUGGGUACAUGAUCUCGGCCCAGCCGAACAAGCCGACUCAAGAAAAGCUCAUCGCCAAACUUAUGGAGCUUCCCAACAACGCAUGGGAUUCCUUGAUGGCGCAGGCUGCGCAGAACAUGGACGUCUUGAGCAGCAUGGACAACAUCAAGAUUCUUUCGAAUGUUCUAAAGACCAACGUAUCGGCUUGCACGUCUAUCGGCGCAUUCUACGUUCCUCAGAUCGGCCGGAUCUACCUCGACAUGCUUGGUCUCUACAAGGCGGUCAGCGGAAUCAUAAGCGAUACGGUGAAACUUGAGGGCGUCGUUGCAACCAAGACGCCGAAGAUACGUCAAUUGCGGACGAUUAAAAAGGAAAUUCUGAAGCUCAUGGAGACUUACAUCAAGAAGGCCGAAGAUUUCGAGGCCGUCAACAACAACUUCAUCCCUCCGUUGUUCGACGCCAUCCUCGGCGACUACAGCCGCAAUGUCGAGCAAGCCCGUGACGCGGAGGUGCUCAAUGUCAUGGUCACCAUCAUGAACACCCGCUUGGGCCCUCUUCUGACGCCUCAAGUCCCCCCAAUCUUGGACGCGGUCUUCAUGCCAACGCUGAACAUGAUCAACCGCGACUUUUCGGAGUACCCCGAGCACCGCGUUGGCUUCUUCAAGCUGCUGCGCGCUAUCAACCUCAACUGCUUCCCUGGCUAUCGGUGGCUGAACCAAGUCACAGCGCUAUUGACUCUCCCUCCCGAGCAAUUCAAGCUGUUCAUGGACAGCAUCAUGUGGGCUAUCAAGCACACCAUGCGAGACAUCGCGGACAUUGGCUUGAACUUAUGCUUGGAGGUUAUCAACAACUUCGCCGGCGCGGACCCAGCUGUCGCGAGCAGCUUCUUCCAAGCCUACUUCGUCAGCAUUAUGCAAGACAUCUUCUUUGUGCUCACGGAUACGGACCAUAAGAGCGGAUUCAAGCUUCAAAGCCUGGUCUUGGCUCGGUUGUUCACUCUCGUGGAGACGAACCUUGUGGCUGGACCCCUUGACCCUUCACAAGAAGCCAGCGAAGCAAACCCCGUCUUCCUCCGGAGAUACACAGCGAGCAUCCUCAAAUCGGCUUUCCCGAACGUUCACCCAACACAAGUGGAAAUGUUCGUCCAGAACCUUGCAGAUUAUCACAACGAUAUCAACCGCUUCAAGCUUGCCUUACGCGACUUCCUCGUCCAGCUCAAGGAGUUCUCGGGCGACAACGCGGAACUCUACCUGGAGGAGAAGGAGGCCGAACAACAGCAAAAGGCAGCGGAAGAGCGCGAGAAUGCGAUGCGCAUCCCAGGCAUGCUCAAACCCUCUCAAAUAGAGGAUCGCGACGAAGAUAUAUGA